AUGGUGCAACUGCUUAAACUAUUCGAGGCCGCUGAUUUAUGGGGCAUAUGCUUGCUGGCGGCGGCUAUAUAUUUUGUCUCACUUAUUCUCUAUCGCCUCUAUGUGCAUCCUUUGUCCGACGUUCCCGGUCCCAAGCUUGCCGCAAUCACUAGCUGGUAUGAAACUUAUUACGAUCUUUUCAAGACACCUGGCGGGCAGUACUGGAACAAGCUCGACGAACUCCAUAACACCUACGGCCCUAUCAUCCGUAUUAAUCCAAAUGAGGUUCAAAUUCACGAUCCAGAGUUCUAUACUCAGAUUUAUGCUGGGGGGCCGAAUAAACGAAAUCGGUACGCACGCAGCGUCUCGGGUAAUGGCUCACCUGGAUCCAUGGCUUCGGCUGUUUCUCACGAUCUACAUCGGCUCCGCCGAAGCUCAUUGAAUCCAUUCUUUUCAAAAGCCGCCGUGCUAAGACUCGAAGAAAGAAUCCAAAGUAGAGUUAGGAUCCUCUGUGAACGUUUCUCUGGCUUUCUAGAAAGAAAGGAAAUAGUUGACGUGAGCGUGGCAAUGACUUCGCUAACCUUGGAUAUUAUCACAGAAUAUUCAUUCGGAGAAUCUUGGAAUCUUAUGGAUAGAGAUGACUUGAGUUACGACUUCAUCAAGGUGAUGAGAGGCGGCUUUGAGACACUCCAGAUUCGGAAGCUUUUUAACUCAGUCAUUAACCUGAUCCCACCCAAGGCACUGGACAGGCUUCCAAAGGAAGAGACUGAGACGCAAAGACUUGCAGACGAAGCUCUAGUCCUUAUCACAGCGGGCUCUGAGACAACUAGCAGGGCAUUAGCAACGAUCAUCUACCAUGUACUAGAAAAUCCAGACAUAUGCACUAAAUUGCAGCAAGAACUCGACAUAGCGAUACCAGAUGCUACCAUGGAAGUAUCUUACUCAACUCUUGAGGCUCUACCUUACUUGACGGCGACAAUCAGAGAAUCAUUGCGCAUUAGUGCGCUUGUGCCAAACCGCUCUCUACUGACAGCAGAUCAGCCAUUGCAAUAUAAGCAAUGGAGCCUAAACCCAGGAGCUUACCCGAGCGCAUAA